GUGUUGGGCGCGCGCGUCGUGGCGCCCCUGCUGGCGGCGGCGGGGCUGGUGCUCUUUGUGGUGAAGAAUGGCAGGCACCUGGUGGACGCCCCGCAGCUCUGCCCGCAGCUCGCAAACACCGUCGCCGCCGCCGCCGCGGCGGCGGCCAAGAAGGCGGCGUGA